UACACACAACCCUUGGGCUUCGUGUUGCCUAGGCGACCAGCCAAAAAUCGACGUUUUUUCUUUACUGACUUGAGUUUUUCACAGCAUACCUCCAUAGAGUAAUACGUGUACAAAAAGCCUCCUUUUAUAUCGUAGUGAAGGUAGAAGAGUGCUUUCGAAUGUCAACAAACUCUAUAAGCGAAACGAAUUCAGCAAUUAUAGUGUCGUUUUCAUAGUUUUGUUUCAUUUUUCCUGAGUUUUUGGGUUUGUUUUACGUGGUCCGCCACUGAUGAGACAUCGAGCAUACUGCCACAAAGAUUGCAUAGAUAUUCCUUCAACUCUUUAGUACACAGAUUUAUUCUUUUUACAGGUUCUGGCUCCAAAAUGAAUCGUGAAGGGGUAGUUCAAAGAAGGACAGCUCGUGUUGGGACAGGAGGGGGAGGACCUGUUGAAAUAUCAUCAGGCACAUCCGAAGUUGAAGAUAGACGUACAAAUAAUGAGUUAGAUGAUAUGGAUGAUUUGGAUUCUAAGGAAACAAGAUUAACACUAAUGGAAGAAGUGUUAUUAUUGGGACUUAAAGAUAAAGAGGGCUACACAUCGUUCUGGAAUGACUGCAUAUCUAGUGGACUUCGUGGAUGCAUAUUAAUAGAGCUUGGUCUACGAGGCCGAGUGGAGCUGGAAAAAGGAGGAAUGAGGAAGCGGUCCCUGUUGGGGAGAAAAAUUCUCCUCAAGAAUGACUCACCUACAGGAGAUGUUCUCCUAGAUGAAGCCCUAAAGCAUGUAAAGGAAACUGAUCCUCCCGAGACUGUCCAGAAUUGGAUAGAGUAUUUAAGUGGUGAAACAUGGAAUCCCUUAAAACUGAGAUAUCAACUGAAAAAUGUUCGUGAACGCCUGGCGAAAAAUUUGGUGGAAAAGGGGGUGUUGACAACAGAAAAGCAGAAUUUUCUUCUCUUUGAUAUGACCACCCACCCGCUGACAGAUAACAUUAUGAAAACACGGCUCGUCAAAAAGGUGCAAGAAGCAGUUUUAUCAAAGUGGGUAAAUGAUGCUCAUCGAAUGGACAAACGUAUGCUAUCCCUCAUAUUCCUGGCUCAUGCAUCUGAUGUGUUGGAGAAUGCCUUUGCCCCCUUAAACGACGACGAUUACGAACUGGCUAUGAAACGGGUUCGUGAAUUACUCUACCUUGACCUGGACAAUGAAAGCGCAAAACCUGGAACCAAUGAGUUAAUGUGGGCUGUCUUUGCUUCCUUUACCAAAUAACGUUAUUAUUAUUACAAAUAUUGUAUUGCCACCCAUUCUUAUUCUACCCCUCCCAAAUCGUUUACUAUUGCCGCAGUUUCUAAUUUUUGGUCCACAUUUAACGUUUUUUUUUCCUUUUUUACGUUGGCUCUCGUUUAGAACGAGUGCACAAUAUCAAACUUCUCUUCUUCUUCUUUUUUUUUCAACACAAUACUGCUGGCUAUCUAAUGACCCACAUUUAUACGGCGAACAGGCUAGAUUUUGUUUUCAAUUCAUUCCUGCGCCUUCAGCCUCAAAUUCAGUUAUUAAUAACCCGUCUUUCCCAUUAGCCCUUUUCAAUCCAUUGUGUUCCUUUUAUUAUUAUUAUUAUUCUUUUUUUUUUUUACAGAUAUUUAGGAUAUUUCUUGGUUGUGUACUAUUUUUUUCCUUUUCGGGUGUGCGUUGGGAAGCCUCGAUUUUUCUAAAUCAUUUCCAAAAUUACCGAUCACGCUCACAGUGCACGAUUUCCUUCUUUAAUUAAGAUUUUUUUUUUCUUCAAAAGGUGAAAGGGAAAAUAUCCAUUUAACGAAACCGUUGUUAUACAUACUGGAACUCCCACAGUUAAUUUAAGGGGAGUAAAGUGAGGAAGAGGUAAGAGGAAACAGAUUUUGUGUUACAACUAUAGAAUAUCCCGUUUGGAUAUGUAUUGUAAAUAUACCUUCCAUCGGGAGCGCAGUGCGCCAUCUUCAAUAAUUCUAUAUGAAUAUGAAAUAAAACGAAAAGAAAAAAAAAAAAAAAGAAGCGCAAGAAGCAACAGUGAAUUGCGAAUUGCCUCCCAUCAAAAAUUAUUAUAUAGCUAACCACCUCCUUUAUUCAGCCAUGGUUAUAUUAGGUACUAUUUCUGGGGAGCAAGUGUAACCGUAUUAGCCGAUGGUUUUAAUUUCAUUAUGUGCGUGUUCACACUUUUGGCAGUUUGAAUAAAAAAAUCUGGAAUUCGAAUAAACAUGUGGAAUCUUU